GACAUUUUUGUAUGACAUACACACGAUGCGUGUCCUUUGUUUGUGCAGCUUUAUUUUGUACGUGGUAUUGACAGACAGUCAUGGACAGCCAACUCUGGAUCCACCAACUGGUUAUUUCUGUCCCGAUGUCAACGUCACUUACACUUGUCAUGACAGUAAUAUAACCACUAUGACAUGGUAUGCUGAACCUCACAUUUCAGGACCAGGAAUCCUAUAUGUACCGGGAUAUACCAGUGAAUCCAUGAAGAAAUAUGACGGUUUCUACACACAAGUUACCAAUUUAAGUGAAGAUAUCGUGGCAGAGAAGUUUAUCAGUGUGACAACUAUUCUGACUGUGAUCACUAGUGGAAUAGAGAAUGGAACAAACAUCACAUGUGUGACCUAUAGAGGUGGAUACCCACUGGUUUCCUCUUCAAUUCUCUACUUUGCAGAUCUCCCUCGCUGGAAUAAUACCCCAGAGGUAAUAUGGCAAGGGAAUAACACAGCAGUACUAGAGCUAGGAGAUAUGUCUGAUGGAGGAGGAGUUCCAAUUGAUCACUACAUUAUCCAAGUGGACAAUGGCACACAGUUGGAAACUCCAGGCCCCACUUACAGUUUUUACAUCAUGUACAAUACUACACUGUCAGUGAACAUCUCAGCCCACAACUGUGCAGGAUACAGUGACCCCUUACCACUUGAGAUACAAUGUGAUGAAGAUUUUAUGGAAGAGAGCUCAUCUAGUAUGACGCCUAGCCUUAAUUCUAGCCUUCCAAUCUGGAAGCUAGCAGUUCUUACAGGGAUUGGGGUCUUUCUAUUGAUUGUCACAACACUGGUGACAGUGCUAUCUUCAUGCCUAAUUCGAAAACACAGGUCAAAAAGAAAUCUUUCCGUUGCUUCAAAUUUAAGAAUCGUGAACAGUGGGGGUAGUACUAGGAUUGACCUGUGCAGCAAUAAUGGAACUCCAGCACCUGUGGAAUACUCGUAUAUCCCAUUGCAGGUUACAGCUACCAGAAAGUAUUUGGAGCGAGACUGUACAGGUCAAUACAGCACAGUAAUCAACACUGGUCGCUGCAACUCCUCUGAUAAUUUCAUUGGAACAUAUGCUGAGAUUGAGCUCGUCACCACCAACUCAGCAUCUCCCCACCACCACCAAUGACAGGGAGACUGUCCAGUACUCUAGAGCCAGUGGAAAAACAGCCAUGUCGUCAGACACCACAGGACCGUUCAAGGCGAGGUCGUUUCUAAAUGAUGAGAGAUCACAUGGUCAAGAGGACCAGGAGCAAAACAAUUGCAGAGCCACUGAUCUUCAUCCCCUUGACAAGGAUAUCAGUGUUCACUUAAUCCUGCUCCAACUGAUGACUGUACAGUCGUGUUGGCGUGCUCUGGGUGAGGCUGCUGGACUGGAGAGGGAGACUAUGGACAUGAUUGACGGGGAGUUGGGUGAUGACAGUGCCAAACUGGCAGAGGUGGUGUUUCGGUGGUAUGAGAGAAAGGAGUGUGUGAGGUGGUCAGAUGUGUCCUCUCUCUGUGAGCAGAUUGGUUUCAACCAGCUAUCCGAGGCCAUUAGCACUGCUUACAUCACCGGGGCUCUCCCAGUCAAGAUGAUCAGAGGUGGAGCUCCCAACCUCAGACAAGACGCCUGCCCGCAGUUCUGCCCCCACGCAGAGCCACAUCGGGUGAUAACGAAGGGACUCCAGCAUCCCCCCACACAGGCCCUUGAUCUUUGAUAAUGAAGGAGCCCCAGCCGUCCUUCCACACAGCCACAGACUUGGAGUUGCCUAUAACGCUGCAGCUAUUUCUCUAGAGAGGACCGAGAGUGAUUGUGAUGAAGGGACUCCCCCACCUCCUCCACUUCCUCCUCCCUUAGCCCCUGAGGAUAUUGAUUUUUGAUUACUACUGAAAUAGAUUUACUUUAGUCAUUAGUUUAAGUCAUACAAGGAUCAAUAAGACUGCAGCAUUAAUUGUUCAUUAAUUUUUUGUUUUGUCUUUGUGCAAUACGUGUUCAUGAGAUUUUCUAAGCUGCAAAAAAACUUCUGCAAUAAGAACCAGCAUGUGUACCACAUCUAUGGUUUGAACGAUAAAAAUCAUUAUUAAACUGGUAUAUAUCUGUUUCUCAACUCAAGGACACACUCUUCCACCAGUGACACCAUUCCUUGCCCCUCCCCCCAUUCAAUUAACUGCUGACAACUCAUAACACUCUGUAUUCAAAACACUCCGUAUUCAAGUGAGGGUAAAAAGAAAGUGAACGUCACCUAUAUUCUUAUGAAUAACAAAG